GCCGGAGGAGGGGCGGUCGAAAAUAACACAGGGACCCGGGCCGGCAGCCGAUGAAAAUUUUCCUCGAAAAGGGAAGCUGCCGGCUGGAGAAAAAGAAAAAGGAAAAAACUCCCUUUCACCCGGGAGAAAGGGAAUUUUCCCCCUUUGAAAUGAAAACGGGCCGGAUCAAGUGAGCGGUCGGGUUAAAUUUAGGGAUCAAUAGGCCGUAUGGACGGGGCCUAAAGUCGUAAGAAGGCGGCUCCCGAUUGGCCGGCGCGACGGGGCUUCCGUCCAACUCACGGCCGCCAUAUUUGAUCCGGUCCCCUCCCCGUUUCCUCAGACCGAACUCGACUCCGGCCCGAUUCUGUCUCCUCCCGUCUUCUCCUCGCUCUGUUCGCCUCGGACGAAGUAAAUCUCCCGAUUGCUGAAAAAUGUUCGCCCUCGCCAAAUUAGUCGCACCAGCUGCCAGAACCGCCUUAAUAUCUGGAUCCAGGGCUGCGUAUGUUCGACCAAUCAGCACUGCGGUUAUUCAACAGAGCGACCGGUUGAACUACCAACAAACCUUGACUCCACUACCAGCCAUUAGUAUAACUCCCAAUUUGUUGCAGUUACCUGCUGUCCGUAACUUCCAGACUUCGGCAGUGACGAGAGAUAUUGACUCUGCUGCUAAAUUUAUUGGAGCUGGUGCAGCCACUGCUGGAGUUGCUGGCUCAGGAGCUGGUAUUGGGUCAGUGUUCGGAUCUUUGAUUAUUGGUUAUGCCAGGAACCCAUCCCUCAAACAACAACUUUUCUCUUACGCCAUCCUUGGAUUCGCCUUGUCUGAGGCUAUGGGUCUAUUUUGUCUUAUGAUGGCUUUCUUGCUACUUUUUGCAUUCUAAGCCAUUUUUAGUGAUCACCGUUCACUGCCGCUCAGAAAAAUGGCAACAACUAUCCAUGGAACGUAAUUGAACCUCUCCCUAGUUCUUUAAAUGAAAAAGACAUUUAAGUCUUUAAGCAUUUCACAAAGAACUGGGCAUAUUUUUUUUCAUAAUUCAUGUUUUCAUUUGUAUAAUCUGUUCCUUGUAUAGAUGCCGCCACGUAGAAAUUUUAAAAAUUACGUUUCGGUCUAUAAAAUAUUCACAACACCACUCUCUGCUUUUUAUUCAAAGGGAAUUUAGGUAAUAUUAUUUUUGUUUUUGUAAAAAAAAUAUACAUGAAAAGUCUUGUGAAUCAUAAUUCUAUGUUUAAAAUAUGUAGUAGUUAUUUACAAUUUGAAUUGUAAUAUCUGGAGAAAUUACGGGAGAUUCCAUUGUACAGUGUUAGAACAUAAUAAAACAUAAUAUUAGUUGUGA